AUGAAGAUUGCCAUUCUCGAAUGCGACGAGCCGCUGGAGGAGCUGCAGAGUGAGUAUGGACAGUACACAGACUACUUUGCACGACUCCUUCGUGCAGCCAAUCCUUCGGUUGCCGACAAGCUCGUCUUUACCACCUUCAAAGCCUACAAAGGCGAGCCUCUACCCACCUCAACACGCCAGCUCGAGGAGUUUGAUGGAUGCUUACUGACGGGCAGCAAGACGAGUGCGUAUGAGCCAGUUGAAUGGAUCAAGGCACUCGAAGACUUUGUUCGACUUGCAUACGGUGAGAUUCCCAUUGCAGCGAUUUGUUUUGGUCAUCAGGUGGUUGCACAGGCACUGGGUGGCUCGGUUGCCAAGAACCCCAAGGGAUGGGAGAUUGCCGUUACGGCGCUCGAUACGUUUGAUUGUCCAUUGAUGCCGGAAUAUCAAGGGACGUUGCGAUUACAACAGAUGCAUCAGGAUAUCGUCACGAUUGCACCACCUGGACCGCGCGUCGUUGGGAGUAAUGCCAUUUGCGACAUACAAGCGUUGUAUGAGCCUAAACGGCUGUUUUCAGUACAGGGACACCCUGAGUUCAAUGAAAAGACGGUCAAGUUGCUCGUUGAGAAGCGGGUGGCUCAAGGCAUUGUCCCGGAAGCGUAUGGCAAGGAUGCGUGGAAUCGAGCGGGUGAUGAGCAUGAUGGAUUGGCAGUGGGAAGAGCCAUCUUGCGUUUAUUCAAAGAAUAA